AUGGACGGAUACGGCACAGAGAAGAGCUUCGGUGGGGAUUCGCGGAAUUCUCAGCAGUAUUAUGGUGAAUCUUCAGUGCACAGGGAUGGCCUGGGGAGGAGGGUGCUCGACAGCUUCAAAAGGGAUCCGAAUAUGCAAAUGACGCCGAAGGGGAGUCUAGGUGCUGAUAGGAAAGUCUUCGACGUUGAAAGCGCCGCGCAAAACACAGCCAAUUCACCGCUCGCACGCAAGCUCAAGGGGAGACAUUUGCAGAUGAUCGCUAUCGGAGGUUCAAUAGGCACAGGGCUCUUCGUUGGUUCAGGUUCGGCACUCGCGAAAGGCGGCCCAGCCUCAUUAGUUAUCAGUUACUGCCUCGUCGGUAUCAUGUUAUACUGUACCGUUCAUGCUCUGGGCGAAAUGGCCGUUCUAUUCCCCGUCGCAGGUUCAUUCUCAGCGUAUUCUACUCGGUUUCUAGACCCUGCAUGGGGCUUCGCAAUGGGUUGGAAUUAUGCACUGCAAUGGCUGGUUGUCUUACCACUCGAGAUUGUGGCAGCUACGCUCACUAUCGAGUAUUGGAAUCAUAGCAAGGUCAACAACGAUGCCUGGGUUGCGGUAUUCCUGGUCCUCAUCGUCUCCAUCAACUUGUUCGGUGUUAAAGGAUAUGGUGAAGCCGAGUUCGUCUUCGCAAUCGUCAAGGUUACCGCUGUAAUAGGAUUUAUAAUUCUUGGAGUUAUAAUCAACGUUGGUGGAGGUCCCGAUGGCGGUUAUAUUGGCGGCAAACUCUGGGUAGACCCAGGAGCCUUCAACAAUGGCUUCAAAGGGCUCUGUACGACCUUCGUCAACGCUGCCUUCGCCUUUUCCGGAACCGAGCUAGUUGGUCUUGCUGCCGCCGAAACAGCCAAUCCUCGCAAAUCCCUACCAACAGCUGUCAAGCAGGUGUUUUGGCGUAUCACACUCUUCUACAUCGUCUCUCUCCUCUUGGUCGGGCUGCUUGUUCCCUAUAACGACCCUCAACUCCUCAAUGGAAAAAGCGGCGCCGAUGCCGUCGCCUCCCCAUUCGUUAUCGCGAUCAAGAAUGCCGGAAUCGAAGGUCUCCCAUCCGUCUUCAAUGCCGUUAUCAUGAUCGCCGUCCUCUCUGUUGGAAACUCGGCCGUCUAUGGCUCCAGCCGAACGCUCGCAGCCCUCGCCGAGCAAAACCAAGCCCCCAAGGUCCUCGCAUACAUCGACCGCAAAGGCCGCCCUCUAGUCUCUGUCGCCGUUGCGUCCUUACUCGGUCUCCUCGCCUUCCUCGCAGGCACUAAGUCACAAGAAGCAGCAUUCAACUGGAUGCUCUCCCUCUCGGCCCUCUCCUCCAUCUUCACCUGGGGCUCCAUCUGCCUCUCCCACAUCCGGUUCCGAAAAGGCUGGGAACUGCAAGGGCAUUCUCUCAAUGAACUCGCCUUCCGCUCUCAACCCGGUGUCAUUGGUUCGUGGGUGGGCUUAAUGUUCAACUCCCUUGUCCUUAUUGCCCAAUUCUGGGUCGCCUUCUCUCCAAUUGGUUACAAAGAGAAGACAACGCUUCAACUCAUCCAGAGUUUCUUCCAGGUCUACCUCGCUCUGCCCGUUACUCUAGCUUUCUACAUCCCGUAUAAGAUAUAUCACCGCACGCCGUGGAUCCGGAGUCAUAAUAUGGACCUUCACACAGGCAUCCGCGAACUCAACAUUGCGGAGCUGAUUGAGGAGGAGCGAGAAGAGCGGAAGACGUGGCCGACAUGGAAGAAGGUGUAUAAAUUCUUCUGCUAG